CUUCCCACUGCAGCCUGCGCUCUCAGUAACUCCGGACUCAGCCAGCAAACUCUGACGCGCCAGGCCUUCAAAAGCCCCGCAUGUCCCUCUCGCUGCGUCUCCAACGCCCCCUCUCAUCCACCGCUGCCGCCGUUCUUCGCAGUCGACGCGCAUUCAGAAACUCCGUGCCCCUCAGCGUCCGCCUCAUGUCUACCGAGAAACAGUACGAGUUCAUACUCACCUCGCGCCCCGCGGACGGUGUUGGCCUCAUCACGCUCAACCGCCCGAAGGCGCUUAACGCGCUCUCCACGCCCCUCUUUACGGAGCUCAACGACGCAGUCAAGGCUUUCGACGAUGACGACAGUGUGCGGGCGGUGGUUCUGACCGGGAGCGAGCGUGCCUUUGCUGCCGGAGCGGACAUCAAGGAGAUGAAGGACAAGCAGUUCUCGGAGGUCUUCAAGGGCAAGUUCCUUGAGAGCUGGAGUCUCCUCACUACCGUGCGCAAGCCCAUCAUCGCUGCUGUGAGCGGAUAUGCGCUCGGAGGCGGAUGUGAGCUCGCCCUCAUGUGCGACAUCAUCCUCGCGUCGCCCACUGCGGUCUUCGGCCAGCCCGAAAUCAGCAUUGGUGUGAUCCCCGGCGGCGGAGGCACCCAGCGCCUCGCGCACGCUAUUGGCAAGUCGCGCACGAUGGAGCUCGUGCUCACUGGUCGCAACUUCUCCGCGCAGGAGGCUGCUGCCUGGGGCGUCGUCUCGCGUGUAGUCGGCGAAGGCGAGGGCGUCGUCCUCAAGGAGGCGAUUGAGCUCGCGCAGGUCAUCGCGAGCAAGAGCGCCAUUGCCGUGCAGGCGGGCAAGGAGUCGGUCAACGCGGCGUACGAGCACACCCUGAACGAGGGUCUCCGGUACGAGCGUCGGGUGUUCCACUCGCUGUUCGCGACGAAGGACCAGAAGGAGGGUAUGGCCGCAUUUGCGGAGAAGAGGAAGCCGACCUGGUCCCACUCCUAGAGUGUCGCAGAGCUGGUCGUGAAUAAUGACGUGUACUUGUAGCG